AUGUUUGGUUCAAAUUCAGGCACAAGUGGGUUUGGAAGAUCAGCGUCCGCUACUGGUCUUUUUGGCGGUGGUGCCCCAGCUAAUACAGGUUUUGGAAGCUCAUCAACUAACACUGGAAACACAGGUGGUGGUGGAUUGUUUGGUGCUGCUAAACCAGCAGCUACUUCUGGUGGUGGUCUUUUUGGAUCUUCAUCAAAUACUAGCAGUGGAAGUGGUGGAUUAUUUGGAAGUGGUAAUAACCAAUCAAAUACAAACCCUGGUUCUGGCUCUGGUGGUCUUUUUGGAAACACCAACAAUACAUCAAACACAACAGGGGGAGGAUUAUUUGGAAACAAUACAUCUAAUACAGGUACAGGUUUUGGACUAGGUAAUAAUACAUCAACAACUGGUGGUGGUGCUUUUGGUAACACCAAUAACCAAUCUACAACAAACAGCAAUGCUGGUGGUUUAUUUGGAUCAAAUAAUACUCAAGCACCAGCUGCUUCAUCUGGUGGUUUAUUUGGAAACACAUCCAAUACUACAAGCACAAAUAAUGGUGGUGGUGGCUUAUUUGGUGCCAACAAUUCUACCAACAAACCAGCAGCUGGUGGAUUAUUUGGAAAUACAGGGGCUUCAACAGGAUUUGGAGCUAAUAAUCCAGCCACCUCAAACACAACGACUGGUGGUGGUCUUUUCGGUAGUAAACCAGCUGCUACAACUACUACUGGUGGUGGACUAUUUGGUAGUAAUAACAAUGCUGCCACUUCAGGGGCUCAAAGUGGAGGAUUAUUUGGUAAUAACAAUAGCACUAACAAUAACACAACUGGCGGUGGGCUUUUUGGAAGCAAACCUGCUGCUCCAAGUGGUGGAUUAUUUGGCAAUAAUAAUACUGCAAAUACUACUGCUAACACAACUGGUGGCUUAUUCGGUUCCAAUAACACUACAACGAACACUGGGUCAUCAUUGUUUGGUGGUUCUCAACCAUUGCAACAGCAGCAGCAGCAACAACAACAACAAUUACCUCAAAUUACACCAUUAACCACCGUUGGUGACCUCCCAGAGCAAUUCAGAAGAGAAAUUGAACAAUUAGACCAGUACAUUCAAAGUCAAGUGCAAAUAAGUGAACAAUUAAAAGCAGAGCAAGAUGAACAUACAGAAGUCAUUGAUAGUAUACCUAGAGAUAUUGAAUUUUUACAGAAUAGAUAUUCAUCAACUAAUCAAGCCUUGGAUAAUGAUUUGGCAACCUUACAAGACAUAAGGGCAUCUACAGAUGAAGCUUUGCAUGAUUCUGAAAACUUUUUCCAAAUUUUACAAAGAUUGCUAGCAGCUGGUAGCAAAAUAUCAUCCAUUGAAUUGGAUGUCUAUUUUAACAAAAAGGUGGAAUUUUAUAAAAGUAAGCUUGAAGAAUACACCAGAGUACUAGGUGAAAUUGAUGCUGCAGUUGAAGGUAUUGAAAAAUACUCUAUUAGUGAUUUGGGAGGUAUAGAUUUGAUUAUCAGCACUCUACACGAGGAAUUCAACCUGUUCAUGGAAGUUGCCAACACUGUCGCUGACAUACACCAAAAAGUCAAGACUCUAAGUGAACGCUCAACAGGGAAGAUAUAA